AUGAAGACACAAACUUUUGUUACUCUUGCCCUCUCGGGCUUGGCUGCUGCCCAGAGCCGUCCCAACCUUACCGCAGCUAUUGCAUCUGAGAACGAUACUCUCUCUUCGCUUGCUGGCCUUAUCCCAUCUGACCUUCUUGGGGACCUCAACCGUCUGCGCAAUGUCACCAUCUUGGCACCCAGCAAUGAUGCCCUCGAGGAGCUUCUCAAGGAUAAAUCUAUUGCCAGCAUGGUCAGCGGUAACUCCAGCUUUGUCACCGAUCUUCUGCAAUACCACAUCUUGAACGGCACCUACUAUGCCAGCAACAUCACCGACAUGGACAUGGCUGCCUUCGUUCCUACCUUGUUGACCAACUCGACAUACUCCAAUGUCACUGGUGGACAGCGUGUUGAGGCCAUGGCUGAGAACGACACUGUCAGCUUCUACAGUGGCUUCCGUGCUCAGUCCAACGUGACUAAGGCUGAUCUCAACUUCACCGGCGGUGUCAUUCAUAUCAUCAACCGUGUUCUUACCAUCCCUAAGAACAUCUCCGAUACUGCCAUCGCUGCCAACCUGUCCGCAGCCGCUGGUGCCCUCACAGAAUCUCAGCUUCUGCCCAACCUCACCAGUGAGAGGAACAUUACCGUCUUUGUUCCCAGCAACAGCGCCUUUGCCAACAUUGGCUCCAUCCUCGCCAACGCUAGUGAGACUGAUCUCCAAGAUAUCCUCAAGUACCACGUUGUCAACAACACUCUUGGCUACAGCAGCAUGCUCGAGAACGGUACCCUCACUACUUCCGAUGGCGAGGAUCUCAACAUUGCCAUCUACAACGGAACUGUCUAUGUCAACGAGGCUAAGGUCAUUGUUCCUGAUGUCCUCAUCUCCAACGGUGUUCUUCACGUCAUUGAUGGCGUCCUCAACCCCGACAAGCCCUCUGCUACCGCCAACCCUACUGCAAGCACUCAAGAGGCUGCCUUCUCUGGCGCCAGCUCCGUCAGCGACAUUCCUUUCACUUCGGGUAUUCCCGCAGGUACCGAGGCUGGCGCCACCGGUCUGUCUCCUGAGACCUCCACUGAGGGUGCUGCCCAGGCUACCGCUGCCAUUGCGCUCGGUGCCCUGUUCGGUGGUGCUGCUCUCGUCAUGAACGUCUAA